AUGGCAGAAACUUGGGAAGGACACUGUAAAGCACACCUGGGUCAGCACAAAUGCCUAAAUAACUUGUGCAUAACAGGGAAAGAAGGAAAUACAUAUGGUACAUCCAGCCCCGAUUUCCAAGUACCCCCGGAACUUAUUCAGAAACUGAGAUCGGUUUUAGCAAAUGGUUCCGAUACUUCCUUCGACUUCCUGAAUGAGAAAUAUAUCAUAAUUCGACACGACGACUCCUGCCUGAUCAGCAAGUGUGGCAAGAAGUCUAUUCUAUUUUACUGCACAGAUACCAUGUGCUUGGUCGGACAGACGGUUGACGACGAGACGAAUAAGUGUAAUGCGGGGAAUAUCGCGAUGGCUAAUAUAAGCGAUUUCUAUAAAAAGAAGGGUUUGUAA